CAGGGAGCCGCCGGAAGUCGCUCAACGGAAAGGCAGGAUGUCCCGCCCCUUCCUCCCAGAGGGAAGACGGUGAGCCGGAGGAGUCAGUCGUAGGGGCAGCAGGAGCGAUCCUGUCGGCAAACAGGUUAUGAGUGCCAAGUGAGCUACCCUGGCAGAGGAGCAGUGUCGGCACAUUAGUAAUGAUGGAUACUGAGAAGAAACCAGAGAACGAUGAGGACGAAAAUGUAAACAAGGAAGCAGAAGACUCAAGGACUGUUUCAUCUCAGGAUGUGGAGUGUAGGCCCUUGUCUGAUUUGGUAGUGAAUUCCUCUGAGAAUUCCGCUAGCAAAAGAGCUUUUUCAGAGUCAUCAACCAGCGUUUUUGUAGAGGAAGAUGGAAAUAAACAUGCUUCCAAGCGAAUGAAAUUCAGUGAGGCUGAGCCCUGUAGGUCCGAAGAGCAGGGUGUUCGUGGGUUCUCCAAAGUGGAGGUCCCAUCCAGUGAAAUGGUGAAGGCGUCCUUCCUGAAUGACUGCUCAGAUGGAGAUACAUGUCCUCCCACCUCGUUUUCCCUUCUCUGCAGUUCUAGCCCAACUGACACUGUUUCUCUGAAAACAGACACCGAGAAGAUGAUUGCUCAGGAAAUGGUAUCCCUUGACCCAGAAACAAAAUCUUUCCCUAGCAAAGAGGUUGCUAGUGUUGGUUGUACCAUCGGGAAGAUUGAUUCAGCUUUCAAGUGCAACACGUGUGACCGUUUGUUUUCUUCUUGCUCGGACCUGGAGAAGCAUGCUGAAUGUCACAUGCCGCUGUCUAUGGAGCCUGCCCACUGCCCCUGCAGCCAUGGAGCGGAGAGCAGCCCAGCAUUGCAGACCCAUGCCACACAAGCACAUGGGUCACGGACCGUCUUUUCUUGUGACCUUUGUGGCUUUCAGUGUGUGGAAGAGAACCUUUUGAACGCACAUUGUCUUGGAAAAACACAUCUCCGGCGCCAGAAUCUUGCUGCUCGUGGAGGAUUUGUGCAGAUCUUAACAAAACAGCCUUUUCCUAAGAAAUCAUGUACCAUCGGAACAAAGAAUGUUCGUGUAAAACCAAGAGCAUCUAAACAAAUAGCAAAGAAUAGCGAUUCAAAAGGACUAAGAAAUGGUGGAAGCAAAUUUAAAGAUUUCAGAGGCAGCAUUUCUAAGCAGAGUGGAAGUAGCAGUGAGCUUCUUGUUGAAAUGAGGCCGUCCAGGAGUACUUUGCUAGAAAAGGGAGAGAUUGUUCAAGAAAAUGUCACUUCCUUUGGUACAACUCGAAAUCCUGAAAACCAGAAUAAAAAGUUAGGAGCAUUAGUAGCCUCACAGGGUCUCUUAGAUAAAUUGGAAUCUACCAAAAAGACUCUACAGACAGCACAUAGUAUCAGUGCAACCUCGAGACCGAGACCUGAGCGAAACAUUCUCAUGUUGGCUAAUAGCUUCCGACGACGAAGCGGCCCUUUUCCUUUAAAAGGCCAAGCCAAGAAAAGGUUUAAUCUUUUAGGAAUUAAUAAACGGGGCACUAGUGAAUCUCCCAGGAUAUAUAUGAAACACGUUAGAGCACAGAUGAAAACAGGUGAUUCAGAGUCCAUGCCUAAACACAUAGAAACGGGUGGCAGUACCCACAGUCUGUGUGUAUCUUCCUCAGAAACCCUGGACCUGAAGCAGGAUGAAAGAAAUGCCCACCUUGUCAGCUACUUUGACCCUCCCACAGUGAGGGCAGCUUCUGACCGUCAGAUGUCAUAUACUUGUACAGACUGUGGCCAAGUGUCUACAAGUAGGACAGAGUUGGAAGUCCACAUGAAAAGGUGCCAUGCAAAAGAGGUGAAAUUGUCCUGCCAGACAUGUGACUUCUCCAGCAUGUCGAGGAGGGACCUACAUGAACAUUUGCACAAUCACCAGCUUCAGCAAACUGCCUCUGUCCUCAGUUGUCAGUGCUGCUCAUUUAUUUCCUUGAAUGAAACACAUCUUAGAGACCACAUGAAGGAAAAGCACAGUAUGGGCUUUCUCUGUUCUCCCUGUAAUCUGUACUUCUUGUCUGAGAAGGACAUGGAGGAACACAAGACAACUGAGAAGCAUAUUCGCUUAUUGAUUCAACCAAAGACUUCUCAAUCAUUUAACAAUGAUUUGGUUUUACAGACUUUACCUUUAAGUACUUUAGAAUCAGAAAACACAAAGGAGACUAUGAGUGAGUCAGAAAGAGUGGCUCAGGAAGAACUGACUAAAACCCGGGUAAGCCAUGGAAGUGAAGUAAGGCAUUCCAAUAAACCUCAAUUUCAGUGUAAGAAGUGCUUUUACAAAACACGGUCCUCCACUGUUCUCACACGACACAUAAAGCUUAGGCAUGGUCAGGACUACCACUUUCUUUGUAAAGCAUGUAAUCUUUAUUCAUUGAGCAAAGAAGGAAUGGAGAAACACAUUAAGAGAAGCAAACAUCUUGAAAAUGCUAGGAAAAAUAAUAUUGGCUUAAGCUUUGAAGAAUGUAUUGAAAGGGUUUGUAUAGGUGCAAAUGACAAAAAAGAAGAGGUUACAAUUUCUGGAAAUGAGAGGACAGAAGGCGACGUAGAAGGUGUGCAAUUUCAGGAAUGUAACUCUUUGGAGAAGAGCAUACUCACUGCCAAGGAACAGCCACAGUCUGGCGUAAUCUCCAAAGAUGAUGAGUUAGCUUUGACCACCACUCCAAAGAGAGGGAGACCCAAAGGUAACAUCUCACGGACAUGUUCACACUGUGGCCUCUUGGCUUCUAGUAUUACAAAUCUGACCGUUCACAUUAGACGAAAACAUAGUCACCAAUAUAGUUACUUAUGCAAAGUGUGUAAGUAUUAUACUGUAACUAAGGGAGAUAUGGAGCGUCAUUGUGCUACCAAGAAGCAUAAAGGACGUGUAGAAAUAGAAGCAAAUGGAAAACAAAGUUCAGAUAUCAUUAUUGGCCCUGAGGGGGGUAACCUUGAAGCCUGUAGUAGGAGCACCAGUUCAGAUGAACAGGCUAAUAAGUCAGCUGAACCAGAUCCCUCCAGUUCAGAAAAACCAGGACAAGAGCACGGAGAUCCAAUUGAAGUUGAAGUUGAAAAUGUAUUUCAUUCUACGGAUGGGGAAGCUGGCAGUCAUGUUAUUGAUGAGAAGGAACAAGUAUCUCUAGAACCAGAGGCCCUGAUGCAGCAAAGGGAAGUAUGCUCACAGAGAGGUGCUCUGAGCACAAGUGACAAUAAAUGUGCACACUGCGAGUUUAGUGCUCACUCUUCAGCUUCCCUAGAACUGCAUGUAAAACGGAAACACACAAAAGAGUUUGCAUUUUAUUGCAUGGCAUGUGAUUACUAUGCUGUGACUCAUCGAGAAAUGACCAGGCAUGCAGCAACAGAAAAGCACAAGGUGAAAAGGCAGUCUCACCUGAACUCUUCUGACGUGGGAGCAAGUCCUUCAGAAAUGUCCAAAAACGUCGUCAUACCUGAGGAGCAGCAUCGACAACAUUCUGAAGAAUUUCAGAUAAUUUCAGACCAAUCACCUGAAACUCUUAAAUCUACAAAUGCUACUAGUCGUUCUGUUUUAGAUGAGAAUACUAACUUAGACAUGUCUAAAGUACUCUGUGUUCCUGACUCUAUAGAAAUUGAGACUGAAGAAGAAUCUAAUCUUAGUGAAGGUCCUUCGUUUUGUGAAACUUCGCAACAGCCCCUUGCCCAGGACAAAGUUAGGAAACCUGAGGAAGUGGUGACCCUUAACAUUUCCUCUAAUGGCUCCCCAAGCAAAUUUCAGAAUGAAAAUUCAGGAAGUUCAGCUUUAAUUUAUGAGACAACAAAGAACAAUCACAAUAAAUUGAAUGACAUCAGUGAUCCAAGUGCACAUUGUGAUAGCGAUGGAGGGAAUGGAGGAGACCAUGGAGGUGAAAUCCUCAGUAAACAUGGAUGUCUCGGAGAUCUGGAUGGAGCCCAUUCAGCUGAAAGCACCAUCCCUGUAGUGAUGAGAAUGAUGGGAGGACAGCUAAACCUGGAUAGCCGUGGUCAAGACCAAGUUGGAAAUGUGCAGAGUUCAGUGGAUUUGAAAGCUAUGCAAGGAGAUUCUAUCUUGGAAAAUAAGGAAAUUCUGAUGAAUUCCCAACAUGAAACUGAAGUUGUUAUAGAAGAGGAUGGUCCAGCUUCUGAUAGCACGGUUGAAAGUAAUGAUGUUUAUGAAACUAUAAUUAAUGUUGAUGAUAAAGGACAGGCCAUGUAUAGCUUUGGCCGGUUUGAUUCUUCCAUAAUAAGAAUAAGGAAUCCGGAAGAUGGUGAAUUGAUAGACCAGUGUGAAGAGGGUCUGAUAACAACAGAAGUGAGAAUGAGUGAGUCACCCUUAAAAGACUGUGCUCAAGGUGUGAAAAAGAAGAAAUCUGAAGGCAGCUCCUUUGGCGAAUCCACACGAAUCCGUUGUGAUGACUGUGGUUUCUUAGCAGAUGGGUUAAGUGGACUGAAUGUUCACAUAGCCAUGAAGCAUCCUACAAAGGAGAAACACUUCCAUUGUUUGCUGUGCGGAAAGUCCUUCUACACAGAGAGCAACCUGCAUCAGCACUUGGCUAGUGCUGGCCACAUGAGAAAUGAACAGGCCAGCGUGGAGGAGCUUCCGGAGGGCGGGGCCACCUUUAAAUGUGUCAAAUGUACAGAGCCCUUUGAUUCGGAGCAAAAUUUAUUUCUGCAUAUUAAAGGGCAGCAUGAGGAACUGCUCCGGGAGGUGAAUAAGUACAUAGUGGAAGACACUGAGCAAAUCAACCGAGAGCGAGAGGAGAAUCAGGGAAAUGUCUGCAAGUAUUGUGGCAAGAUGUGUCGCAGUAGCAAUUCUAUGGCAUUCCUGGCCCACAUCCGCACUCAUACAGGAUCAAAACCAUUCAAGUGCAAGAUCUGCCAUUUCGCAACAGCUCAGCUUGGCGAUGCCAGAAACCAUGUCAAAAGGCACCUUGGGAUGAGGGAAUACAAGUGUCAUGUGUGUGGGGUUGCUUUUGUAAUGAAGAAGCACUUAAAUACUCAUCUGCUAGGCAAACAUGGAGUUGGCACCCCCAAAGAAAGAUGGAGAAGAUGCCGUUACAGAAAGUCAUGUCUCAGGAAGGAAUAUGCCCACCAGGGUUCCAGGCAGCAGAUGACUGACUUCGCAUCUUGUGAGUCUAGAUCAGGCUCCAGCCUGAGAAACAUCUGUGUGAGCUCUGUCCUCGGAUACGGAGACUUUUAAUCCCAAGAUGAAGGUUGUGACUUGGAGUCAGAGAUAGCUUUCUUUUCAUAUGACCCAUUUUAAAUGACUGUACUCUGCCUUAGAGUUACUUUUCUCAUAGUUUCUACCACUUGUUUCAAUUGUCUUUUCUGCUGAUACCCAGGCCCCACCAGAGUGUUCAAAGCAAAACUGGAUAGUGCUCACCUAGCUACUGCUGACAAGAGUGGGUGCGAAGUCUCCACCCAGGUGCUCUGGCAGGGUGCAGUCUUCCUUAUGGUUUGUGGAGACUUAAGUUGAUGUUACUUACAGUAAGGAUGCUCUGAAAUAAGAGUACAGGGUGUUUUGGGGUUUUUUUUUUGGAAGAAUUCAUAACUUUAUUAAUGAUUUUAGACUAUUUAUAGAAUCACUAAGAGUGUAAAGGGGGUCACUAUUUUAAAAAAAUACUUUACCACCUUUAAGGAGGGAAUGUAUGUUCUAUAGGGGUUUCUAAAGGUCUCAGUUCAUAUGCCUUGCAAAUGUCAGCAGCUUGCUAUAUUUAAUUUGCUCUAACAUCAGGUAGCUUAUUGCAGAAUAAUGGAGAAUUUUGGAUUUUAAAGGGAACCUUUAAAUGUUUUAGAUGUGAGAAUAGUUUCAGAGAGACUUGCCCUAGAUCAUCUAGCUAUUCAAAAUGGUGACAAUUAAAAAUGAACGGAACCUACAGAGUUUGUAAUUUCUGCAUCCUUCUUUGGUAAAAGGGAGCUAGGGCUCCUUAGUUCUCUGGUAGAGUUACGCUUUUUCACAGGUGAUCUCUGUUAGCAGUGCUUCCUACUCUCUCAGCACUUUUAAUCUUAGUAGAUGCUGGUAAGGUAUAAGUCCUCCCCCCUUACAGGUGCUUAUUGAUGAAGUAGACUGCAGGCAUGGGCAAAAGUAAGUUUGCAGACUCUGAACACAGAGUCUAUUCUAGUAUCACGAAUUAAUUAAUUAAUUAUUGUUUUUAUUAUCCUUUUUAACCUACUGUUGCCCCCCCAUACAUAAAAAAUAAGUCUGAGGUUAAAUGAACAGUAAGUAUUUUUUUUAGUCUGAAGGAUAUUGCUGUAAAACUUUUCUAGUGCUGAAAUUUACAGAAACUAUAGAUUUUUCUUUCAGUGAUAGUGUCAUUAUUGUUUGCAUAUUGUUGGGUUGUACAGUAUUAAAUAAGAUUUUUCUUGAGGAUAUUACUCAAUGAAAUAGUAAAUUGACUGAAGCAUGAAGAAAGGUGUAGGAGUGCAUUUAAGACUAUGGGACUGACUGCAAAAUAUACUUGCAUGUAGUAACAUAAACGUGAAGCCGAAGGAACUUGGCCAUUUGUAGCAUAUAUUAAGUCAUAUCAUCAUAAACAUUCUUUGUUCUAUAAAAAUUGUUAAAAGUUCCAAGUAAAAUAACUAUUACAUAUAAGUCAAUGUAUUGGAGAACCUUUUUUAUGGAAAUGAUAACUCAUCCAUUGCUAUCACAGCACUCAAUAAACUUCUGUUAGGAUCACUCUGAUAUGAAUUUUUUUGUGGUUGAGAAAUUGUGCUUUUCAAUAUUACUUAAAUAGAAGUUAUUUCGACAUUAAUUCAUAGACAGUUUGCCAUAGAUUUUUCUCUCAUGUCUUAAUAAUCAUUGAUAUCACAAUGUUAGAAGAAUAGACAGGCAUGGAAAUGAUGAAAUAAACCAACAAUUCCAAUUUUGGUUAUUCUAGGCACCCAGUUUUACUGUAUAUUGAGUUGUAUGUGAGAGGAAGUGUUGAGUGGAGGCCUUUAAGGUCCAAGCUGAAAUUGACUUGUAUUUAAGUUUCAAUUGUAAAUGUGCAGGAUUUCAUAUGUGAUGGACUUUGACUCUAGUGUCAUUAAGUAUAAUAAAACUCACCUGCAAAAGGCACAUGACUGUUAUAGAGUCAUCAUAUAGGAAGAAACUUCUGAGUGAGAUGUUUCUGUCCAGCCACCCACUGUGCACAUGCCCAUCCAAGCACACACACAAUACACUUGCAUGUCCCUGUGAAGAACGCAGCCAUGACCUUUGUCAGUAUAUACAUGGCUGCUCUUUCCUCUUGUGAUAGCAAACCUAGUCUAUUUAA